GUGACUGACACACAUUCUCGACCGUAGAAGGGUUAACUUCCAAGUUUCAAGUGAAGCGACCAAUAUGCAUCGCGGUGUUGGUCUCGCUGCUUUUGACAGGGAACAAGUAUCACAACGUUUUGCAGAACUAUCUUCAGAGCUCUCGAAAACCCAGGUCGAUCAUCUACAGUCACAACUAAAACAAUUCCAAACGGCCCUUAAGCACUUUGCAACGACACACAGAGAUUCCAUCCGUAGUGAUCCAGCGUUUCGCCAUGCAUUCCAGCAAAUGUGCUCAUCAAUCGGUGUGGACCCGCUCGCUGGACCGAGGAAGGGCGGCUGGUGGGCGGAGAUGCUUGGAAUGGGCGAUUGGCAGUAUGAGCUGGGAGUUCAGAUAGUAGAUGUGUGCGUGAGCACGAGAGAAAGGAACGGAGGCGUGAUAGAAAUGGGGGAGCUCGUACGUGUGGUCAGCAACCUACGUAACGUCGAGAGCAGUGUCAUUACAGAGGAAGAUGUCAUAAGAAGCAUCAAGACACUCCAACCGCUCGGCGCCGGAUACGAAGUGCUUGACGUUGAUGGUGGAGGGAAGAUGGUAAGAAGCGUAGUCAAGGAACUCGAUGCAGAUCAGGCUGUGGUUCUUGCGGAGGCACAAGUGGAAGGAGGGCGGAUUGUUGAAGCAAUCUUGGAGAGCCGUCGAGGAUGGACGAGAGAACGUGCUCGAGCCGCUCUGGAGAAUAUGCUUCUUCGAGAUGGCCUCUGCUGGCUCGAUUCCCAAGACGAGCACUAUGGACGAGCCUAUUGGGUCCCGUCUGCCAUGCGUUGGGACGAGUAAUUCUGUUACUUACCAAGCUUGAUCAACGACAGAAACUCCACUUGCAAUUCAGUCAGACAACUCCUCAGAGGUUCGACUGACAAUUUCCGUACUGUCGCCUCCUACGUUCCCAUCGACAAGCCGCGGAGUAUAUUCGGUGUAGAAGUACCCACCCGUGACUUUGAAGCGUUUCACAUGAUGACGUGGACUAUAUGCAACGGUCGAAACGAAGACAAGAACAGGGAGCGUAAAUAUCAUGUCCUUCGAUGAUAUGCUACACUUAAUGUUUCGUCAGCUUAUAUUUCCCAAGUGACUUUGUGGCUGGUUUCGAAGCUUUCUCGCAUAAGAUUUUCGUUCUUCUGUCAUUAUCUGUGGGUAUGAAGUUCUGGUUAUCGUUGUCGUUGGUCAG